AUUGUCAUGUUAUGGAUUGUAGUAGAAACAACUUCCGGAUGUCGUCAGCGACGACAAAAUAACUUGAAAACACUACGAACUUUACCUGCGUACUUUCAGAGUUAGUAUGAGUCUUAUCUGUACAAAUAUAUCAGUCUAUAGUCAUGUUUAUUGUUCAAUGUUAUUCAGAGUAUGAAAACGCCUUAAGAAAAUUAAUUUGUACACUUACCACUAUUAUCGAAUCAGACUACACUAGUAAUAAGAAAUACUAGUAUUAUUAGUUAAAAGUUAGUUAAAACUACUAAUCUUUAGUAGUCUAAGUAAUCAAGUCCGGCACAACUACACAUUUUGUUCCUAAUAAUUUGCUUCCAGACCUUGCCCACAGUUUCAAGACACAAUCACAAAGAGUUCUAAUACUAAAUACUAAUAUUGUUAAAUUAUUAGUAUUAAUAUUAAUAAGGUUAGGUCUCAUCAUAUGUUCCAGCUGAUUCAACUUGAAUUUCAAGCUCAAACCAAAAUGGGUAAUCAACCAUUAGUGGAAAUCUCAUACCUUUUUUUGAUGCCAGCUUAACUCGAUCCCUCUAGACAUGUGAUGCGAGUAGUUAUUUUAUACAUUAUAUAUACUGUAUGUUUAUUUUUAUUUACUACUAAGUAGAUACUUCGAUGAAAGAAGGGAGACUACUAUUUUUUUUGUAUCGGAAAUGGGCGUCGGCGCCGAAAAAUCCGAGUUUUUAAUUUUCCGAUGUGUGUGUCUAUUUAUUAUUAAAUUAGUUCUUUCCACAUAUAUUUGAGUUCCGUUUCCGGCCUUAUAAUUUGGAAGACAUCUUGGCCUACAUUUCUAGCCAGCUAUUUUGCUUUUUUCAAUCGACCUUUAUUUUGAAAAUCUUUGGUAUAUAUAAGGCAUCUUCGCAUACAAAAUUUUUUGUGAAAUAAUAAGAUAAGGUCCUUUUUGAUUAAAUCUGUAUGAGCAUUAGAUAUUGAUCUAUAUCUGUGCCAAGUUUCAUUGAUGUAGGUCGUGUCCCACGUUUGUUACACUUGUCACAGUGACCCAUAUCACCAUUAGGUGGCUCAGCCUAAUUUCGACAUGGCUUGGGCCACGCCCCCUUUUUAAUGGCGGAAGUUGUCGAUACUUAGGAAAUAUUUAAUUAUUACCACUAUAUACAUCAAAAUAUUUUAUAUUUUGUGUUUCAGAAUGCAUUUUGAAGACAUUUAAACUGGAAAUGUUUUAAUUUGAGCUUUAAAAACCCUGCAGAGUCCAUAUUAUAAAUGAUCAGAAUUUUCCCUGUGCAACACGUUGUCAUUGGCAACCAUUCACAGCCACUUGCAUAACGGCUACGUCGUAGUACUAUCUCAGAGUUUCAUUCAUAAGAGUUUGCCGUGUGCAAAAGCUAUUAAACCAUUGGUCAGGGAAAGCUUUUAUUAAUUAUUCAUGUGCCAAAGUUGAAAGUUUAAAAUAAGUCGACCCUAAACAGUAUUUUAGUGAUAAGGGAAUGCUUUGCCUUAUAUAAACUAUAUAGUCAUUGCGCAUGACGCGAUCAGUGGAAUGAGGUCACAGAAUGUGGAGAUGCAGUCUAUGUUAAAAAAUGACAAACCAAGUCGUACUUUAAAAAUUCAUAACUUUAAAACUACAACAGCUAAAAAUAUGAUUUUGGUGUUAUAAUUAUGUUUAAAAUUAGCUCUAUUCAACUGUGCCAUUGGUUUAUUUUUAAAAAAUGUUUACAUUUUUGACCAAAGUAUCUAUUACUAAGAUACUGCAUUGUACGAUUUUGAGAUGAUAUUGUACGAUUUUGAGUUGGAGGGUAAACAGAUCUGUAACUAUGCAAUGAAUUAUCAUAAAUAUAAAGCAUGUUUUAAUAUGCUAUAUUCAAACAAUUGUUGGAUAACAAAGUUUCAGUGGCUACAUCACCAUCCUUAAGAUGGGAUGAAGUCUAGAUAAGUCAAUCUCAAAAGGGCCAACACGAGUCCCAGUUUGGAGACGCAUGUUGAACAUAGAGCGAAUUUAAAAUAUAAAAUUUGAAUAAAUUCAUUCUUAUUGGGAUGAAUGUAAAUACAUGGUAAUACAAUGCAUCCAAAUAAAAGGAAAACAAAACAAUGGAAAUAUUAAAUCAACUCACUAGGUUUAGAAAUGGCCAGCUUCAGAAGUGCUGUAAGUUAACUGUGAUAACUUGGUGUGACGAUCUUAAAGAACGUUUCUACUAUUUACCUCAGUAUUUAUAGUGGAUUUACUAUAAUUGGUCAUUGGCUAAAUCUCUAUCAUGUGCAGUCUGAGACGUAUGAAAUUAAAAUUUAAGAAACUCUCUACGGAGUAACAACAGCUUAACCGUGGCAAAAAGUGUGUGUGUGUGUUGGGGGUGGGGGGGGUGUAGGAGCAUGGUUGAUGCAAGCUUAUAUUAUUAUAUUACAUGUAGCUCAGUCACCUAACCCACCUUAAGGGUACGCCCUGUGGGGGGGGGGGGGAGGGGGGGGGGGGGGGGGUGUUUCUACUGCAUAGUUCAAUCCGCUGGUCAAAAUGUUGGUGAGCGAACCACAUGAAUAACAACAAUCAACGGAAUAAUUUGUCCUGAACUCAAAAAAGGGAUGGGGGAUGCGUUCUAAGAAGGUGGUUGAAAUAAAUUAAAAUUUGAAGGACGGCUUGGUUUUAUCACAGGUUCCCCACAGCUGUAUAUGGAAACUGGACUAUUCAACGUAACUGUUAUCAAGAAAUAUUAUUUUAAAUUAUUUUUAAAGAAGCAACAAUUUUUGUAAUAUUUUAAAACAAAAACAUCAAUUAACAAGUGUUAACCCACGAACUGUGGUCGGCCGAAAAAAUCGGCAGACUUUCUCGUUCUGUACUAUGGCGGCCGAAAAAAUCGGCUAAUAAAAAACACAGUCUAGUAGCAACUUCUAAUCCAAUAUUUACUGAAAUUAUAGCCACUUCCUUUUAUUAAUAAUUAAAUCAUCUUCCGGUUCAAGCUGUUUCGUGAUAACUUGAAAAUAAAUACUUUUUAAUCGGAGUUUUAUAUCACUGUUUUUUUUUUAAAGCUAAAAUGGUGGAAGCUAUGGCUGGGCCUUCAGUGCAAGAGCUAAUAGAAAUAUGUUUGAAAGCUUUUUAGGAGAGGUUUUAAGUGAUACUGAUGAUGAUUUUAACAUUCCUCAUGACGAUAUCAGUUGAGAUCAUUCUUCUCGUGAAUUUUAUACUAGUCUUAGUGUUACUGAAGAAGGCCUACUGAGGCCACUGUUAGACUUCGAGCCCGGCCUGGAGGUUAGGCAAGGACUAACUGAAUUUUAGUCACAGAAGCUACAGAUUAUAGUUCAUAACUAACAAAUUUUAUAUUAAAAACCCAAAUCAGUUCCACAGUUCCUUUUUAGUAAAAAUGUUUACUAGUUAAUAAUAACUAUUUAGCCUUAGAUUUUAAAUUUUGUACUUGGGUUUUAGCAGUGGUCCCAGUUUCUUAAAUAAAUGACCUAAAAUUACUAAAAUUGCUUUCAUAGGUUUAAUUGCAUCAAAACCUUAGCAAACUAUACAUUUUCUGAAAGAUAAAUGAAUUGGCUACAACAUUUAGAUUUGUGUUUUAAGUGUUAUCAAUAAAAAUUAAUGAUGUUAUGAGCACUUAAAAGCAAGACAUUAUGUUGAUUCUUUUUCCUUUAGAACUCCAAGGUCAAGGACACUGAGAAAUUUUUUUUUUACCGGGUGGGCAAUAUGGCCAACUUUAUCCCCAUCAAAUUACCUUUCUAAAAAUAUAUACUUAUUGGGGUCUUGUAUCAAUAUUUCUAUGUCAUUUAAUGCAAUGUCAAAUGGCACUCAAAACGCUCUGAGAAUCUCCACACCACAGAAUGAUGCAUGCCACAGUUCGUGGGUUAAAUAAUUAAUUUUAAUAUUUUAAUUAAUUUUGUUAUAAAUAACAACACCUAAAGAAAAAACAGGAUCGGUUCACAAAAUGUGGAGGUUGAGUCCAUAAUGAAAGGGUAAAAAUGAACCCUCAUUUUAAAAAUGCAUCACUGAAGAAAAAAAAACUAAAGCUAGAAAGUUGAUGUUGGUUUCAGUUGAUAAUAAAAUGUUUGUCCUAAACCACUGUACUGUUUUUAUAAUUUUUUUUUUUUACUGAAGAACUUCCAUUCAUCAAUCAUUGUUAAGUCAUCUUUUGUUACUUUUUAUGUACUAAGCAGACAAAUCUGGUCAAGUCACUUUCUGAUUGAAGGCUAGACAAUGAAAACAUUUUUUUGGCCUUAAGAUAGUACUAAGUUAACUUUAAAAUAUUUUUUUUCUAAAAAGAAAGAUUUUUCUACUUUGUAUCUUCUUAAUUAAUGACUUCUCGCAGUCUGUACUGCUGAGGCAAUGUAAGAAAAUGCUUUACUACUGAAAAUAAAUGCUCAUUUUAAAAUAAUGUAACAAUUAUAACUUCUGAUUUAAAAAAUUAGAAAAUGACUCGUGAAGUUUUGUAAAAUGUACACAUUUAACAUUCCUCAUGACGAUAUCAGUUGAGAUCCGCUCUUUUUAGUCUUCUUUCUUUUAUUUAGGUUCAGCCAUUUAAUUAAAUACUUCCAGCUGAUCAAUUGAUAGUGAAAAAGAGAAAAAACAAUUAAAAUCCCCAAUAAUGUAAUAACCCUGUUGUAUAGUACUGAGAAAAUAGAAUAUUUAAAUAAAGUAGAUUUAUGGGAGUUAGGCCUUAGCCGCUGUAGGAGUGGUUUAUGUAACACAUCUACUCUGACAUGGCGUGGGAUCUUAUUUCUUAUGCUGUGGGUUAUGUCAGUAGUAUGGUUACUUAUGUUAUGUUAAUACUUCAGGAUGCCGACUAAGUCUUCUUCAUUCUUUCACUUAUUAUCCAGGCACGUAAAGAAGAAUACUCAAUUCUAGUUAAAACUCACAGUACUUUAUUGAACACACUUUAUACUGAUAAUAUUAAUGAUAAUCCUUGCAUGAAUGUAAUUUCACAUAUAUAUAUAGUAUUAUUCCAUCAUUCAGAAAGACACGUCCUCACACUACUAUAACUCAGCUCAACUGUCUAAUCUACUGUUCCCUACUGCUCUGCGCUCAGCUCUGACUAUAUCAGUCAACUCAUCCUUUAUUACCAGCAAAGCGUGGAAAACAACCGCUCUGACAAAAACAUAAUUUUACUCUCCAAAAACGUGGGGUUCACAUUUGCAUCUCAAAAUACAAUCCAUUGAUUGUCUCUCCCCGUGGAAAAAAACAUGGUCAACACAAUUAACUGUUCACUCAUGCUACCUCUCUGUUUUCAUGUGAAAACAUAGUCCGUUACAGUUUACAUUAUAUUAUUUACUAGAUCUCUGAAAUUUGAGAAAAUGUUACCUUAAGUUUAAGUCAGAUAGGAGAGGCAAUGUAACUAUCUAGCCAUGUCACUGUUUAUAAUAAAUCUGUCAUAUUUAAUCACCUUAUUUAUUAUCUGACAGCUUUAUUUAAGAUGAUUUAUGGCAUAUGCUGUUCUUUUGUCGGUACAUUUUUAACCACCACAAGCCCUGCCUUCUAUCAAUCAUUUAAAUGUGUGAUUUGUUUCAGUAUUUGGUGUUAUUAAAUUGAUAUUACAUUGGUAUAAUUUCAGAUGUCAUCAAAGAAAGUCAAUUCUACCGCAACGGCAAGACUAAAACAAGAUUAUAUGAGGAUCAUGAAAGACCCAGUGCCAUACAUUCAAGCUGCUCCAUUACCAUCUAAUAUACUUGAAUGGUAAAACCGAGUUUGAAAUUUUAUGUAAUGUUGCAGACUCAUAAAAUUUUUAUUCACAUCUAGCAAAAACUGAAACUUAUAUAUUUUUUAUAUUUUUUAUAUUUUCUUUUGGAAUUUAUAUAAUUUUUUAAAAAGAGAUAAACUUGGUCUGAUUUUAAUCUGAGAACUUGACAGUCUUAUUUGAUUCUCUUUAUUCUUCUGUAUAAUGAUAAAAAUAAAUCGAAAACUUUAUUAUUUUUUAUCAAUUAAAUUAUAAUAUAAUUUAUAUUGUAAAUACUGAUUUGGUUCAGAAGUUUUUUUAAAAUUACAGGCAUUACAUCGUUGAAGGUCCAGAAAACUCACCUUAUGAAGGUAUGCAUCAUUAUAAACUUCAUAUGUUUUAAAAGUAAAGUUUUGAUACUUUUUUUAAAUGUAAAGAACUAGGGGCCCUAAGAUAUAUCUUCUUGCAGUAACAAACACCAUUGCUUGAAGAGAUCUACAGGCAUAAAGGGGGGGGGGGUUGGAUGCAGAUGACAAGCUCUCAGGAGGGCUUCUGCAAUGGAUGUCUCCCGGAAAGAAUAUAAAUAUUUGCUACCGCUUUUUGAGCUAAAAUCACUUCCAAAGCUUCUCUCAUAUUUUAUUUUAGUGAGGAUUAUUACAUUAAGGGUAGAUAAUUCUUAUUCAAAUUUUUUUAAUAUCCUUACUCUCUUAAUAAGAUAGGGAAAAUAAUUUUUUAUGAUGCAGUUUAUUUACAAAUUACUCACAAAAUCAUAUGUGAAGUUCAUUGUCACUGCCUAAGUCCUGUAAAAUGUUUUAUUUACCUUUUAACAGGUGGACUAUACCAUGGAAAGUUGAUAUUCCCAAGAGAAUUUCCGUUUAAACCCCCCAGUAUUUAUAUGCUCACACCAAAUGGAAGAUUCAAGAUUAACAUGAGGUUAGAAGAGUUGCAUUCUUUCCAACAUUUUCAUAACAUUUUUUUUUCUUCAUUACAUUUUAUUUCUGUCACCAUUGUUAACUCUCAAAUAUUCUUGGUUUUCUGCCAUUUUUUUGUCCCUCUAUAGGUACCUUUUCAUUCCGUGACCGGAUUAUUUUAACCCUCUUGACACAUAGCCUUUUAGACUGUGCCAAAAGACGGAUCCCUUUUCACAAGCCCUGCAAUUACUUUGAUUCUUGAAAGGAAUUGAAUGAACUAAUACGAUCUUAAUGAAUCAAACUGAAAUCUCAACAUUUAUACACAUGAGAUAUCCUGAUUUGCAUAAUUUAUACAUCUAAUUUUUUAAACACUUAGAGUAAACAUGUAUUGCUUGCAGAAUUUUGUUAAAUUUUAUGAUUGUUGAAGCCUAAAUAAGUCCUAACAAACAUUUGAAUGAGAUUAAAUGUGAAAAACUGCUUAAAAUAUUCCCUUGGGGCUGCUUAUGUCUUUUGAUAUAUUUUUAAGGUCACAUAUUUUUUAAGCAUUUAUGGGGGUCAAUAGGUACAAAAAAAUUGAAAUAAAAUGACAAAACAUAAAUUAUCAAUCAAAGCUGCCAUUGAAAUGGCAAGAUGAAAAAGAAAUGCAGGAAGCAAUCUGAUUAGCUGGUAGAAAGACCAGCCAGCAAAUCUCAAGGCUUUUAUCAUUCUUUUAUUAAUUAACCAUAUGUGACCUGUGUACACUAUCCACUAUCCAAAAGUAAUAGGAGGGUAAUUAUACAUCUUGCAGGAUAGAGUUCUAAUUAAACUCUUAUGUGAAAAGAGGUCACACAUCCAGACACUGCAAAUAUCGAUCCUAUGAAAUUACUUUGUUUAAUGUAGGUCUGAUCCGGAUACUCUGAAAUGCAGAGUAUUACACACCUGAUGGAUAUCUGGACCUGGCCAAUGAAACGGAACUGGACCCAAGUCUUACAAAUAAAAUUAUAUGGACAAUUUUAAACAUAAUUUUUGUACAUUUUUUAUCUGUGCAAUAAAUUAACAUAUAAUAGAUAAAAUAAUUGCCAGUGAUGUGAAACUAAAUUUACAUUAAAUGAAAGCGCAAAGCUUUGACACUUUUAAUAUUGUACAUGUUGGGAAUUGUGAAUGAUUAUUCAACUUAGCAAGAUGCAUAUCUUUUGUUAAGAUCAUACAACUUUGAGCUGUGUUUACAAUUAAUAUUUUCUUUCACAUGUCCACUGAUGAUACUGAGUAGCCAAAUUUUAUUGUUUCUGGAUCAUUUCUAAGAACUGUCAUUCAAUGCAAUAAUAGUAAUUUGACGUGUAUUUAAUAAGUAAAAGAAUUUGAAACAGAAAGAUGUCUAGGAUGGUAUCGUCCACAUGGUGAUAUAAAUGUUUAUUGAAAUAAUAUGAAUACUUUGAAUAUAGCCCUGGUCAUCUUUGCAUGUGAAGGAUGAGCGACAACAAAGGGUAUAAGUAAAAUGAAAAUGACUACCAGCCAGCCACCAGCAGCACUCACAGAUAUAUCGCAGCUCUGGUUUAUUUUUUAUUUUUGUUGUGUUUAUGGGUUGUACUCCUCUAUUUUGCACUUUUGAACAAAUUUCUCGUUUGCUAUAGAUAAUUUCUGACUUGUAAUAUCAAGACCCUGACUCGGAUCAGCCGGGUAUAGUCUCAAAAUACUCUGUCCGAGUACCUGGUAAACCCCCCCCCCCCCCCCCCCCCCCCACCCCCCCCGGCUCAGGCCUAAGAUAAUGUGUGUUUUAGUGGAUAUUAAGUAGGAUUUACUGCUAUAGGAAUAAUGUGUUCAUUUGUAUUUGAUAUUUGACUUUGAAUUCUCUAUAUGUCAAGUGCACCCUUGGUUUUUUUCAUAGAGCUCCAUGAGAAAUUUUAUUUUGUUACAUCUGAUAUCAUUAUUAAGGGGGAUUAUUCAAUUCAAGAUAAUCUUUUUUAAACCUGUCAUAACUAGUAAUGUGGGUAACUUAGGUCGGUUCCCAAGACAACUUUUCAUUAGCUAUGUGUUUUUAUUGUUUAAAUUAAACUUGGAUGCACCAUUUCGUUGAGGGGUUGAGAGGUACUUCUAGCUUUAAAUAAAAAAAAUUAAUAUUGCACUCCCUGCUGGAAGACUGCAAAUUACAUCAAUGGAACCAUCUUUUGAAGAAACAACAAUGUCAAUAUAGCACCAGUUCGGAAUUUAGAAUGUUUUGAUACAUUGAUACAAUCUGUUCCUGUUACUUUCACCAGGUUAUGCCUUUCUAUAAGUGACUUUCACCCUGACACAUGGAAUCCAGCUUGGUCAGUGUCCACAAUUCUCACAGGCCUGCUUAGCUUCAUGGUAAUUAUAUGCUGAUUUCAUAGAUUAGACUUUAUAGCAAUUUUUGUUUUUGAUGCCUUGCAGCAUAUAUAUUAAAAUAAGCAAAUGUCGUAAUGUUACACUCUUUUUCAAUAGCAGGAAAAAUAAAGUUCCCCAUAACUGCAGCAAACAGCUUGCAAAUUUUUAAUAUAUUUCCUAUUUCAAAAUGGGAUUCUUAAAAGCAAUGGUUGUGAAUUUAUAAAAAAUCUGAAACAUUAACAGAUUUUGAUAUUUUGGUGUCUUCAUUAAACAUUUACGCAAACUUUUGACUAGAUCAUAAACCAUAUUAUAGGAAAAUGGUAAAGCACAAAAUUUUUAUAUCUAAAGAAAAAUCUCAUUACUUAUUUUCACAUCUGUAACGUCUUGUUUUUUUUUACAAAUAUCAUUAAUCUCUUUACAUUAUAUCUGCCCUUUUCCAUAAACUGUCUUUGCACAAAGGGGAACAAAAAUAUUUUCACCAAUAAAAGUGCAUUUUCGAGAAUAAAAAAUUAUGGCUCUGUUUUUUAAAGAUUAAAUUUUCAUGUGUGUGAAAUGAUUGGCUGUUGAGAUAUUGCUAUCCACAUACAAAAUGUUCCACCCCUCUCCUCCAUUGCCCUCAAAUCAAACCCUCCCCUACCGACUUCCCAAACCCACCACCCCUUUUGUCUCCCACCAAAUCUCAAAUUCUUCCCUGCCCCACCAAUCUUUUCUCAUCAUCACACCCCUCUCCACACAUCUACCUCUCAAAGACAUCACCCUCAAGACCAGACCCAUAUCCAACCCCUCCCAAAAUACCAAUGCCAAACACUACCAAUCCCCUCCCAGGUCCCCCUGGACUCUUCCCCUUUUUGCUACACCCCAUUCAACAACCAUAAUUCAGAUAAUUAACUAAUGUGUAUUAUUCGUUUUUAUUCAUCCCAUUCAGUAUAAUAAAUUUUUUUCAUGUUCCAUUCCAGUUAGAAAAAAGUCCAACCCUAGGAAGCAUUGAAACUAGCUUGUAUACAGUAAGUUUGUGUUCAAUAUAGAUCUUAUACAUUUUCGACUUUUCAAACUUAUUCUUUGAGAUCCCAAAGAUACUUUUGCUAUUGUGAACUCCUUAUCUUUAUAGAAAAAAAAUAGUAGCUUGCAACUGCACAUCGAGCUAUGUUUUAGAGAUUUCUUUCAACAUUAAUAGGACUUGUUUUUAAAUUAAAGUAAUUGGCAAAAAAUUAAUUGACCUCUAAGAUUAUUAUUUUUCCCUACCGCACAUUGACCAGUUUGACUGAAUUGCACUUAAUUAAAAAAAAAAAACAACAAAAACUUGAGUCAUCAUAAAAUCCCUUUAGACUUUAGACAUAACAUCGAAAUGAUUAAAGACCAGAACAUAAAAUCUUGAAUUGGCUUAAUCUAAAAUUUUAAUCUGAUUAAUAAUCAAUUUUUUAAAUACAAAUACCCAGUAUAUCUUUUCCAUUGUUCCACCCUAAAAUUGUAGAAAAGACAGCUUGCAGCUCAAAGUGGUGCAUUUAAUCUCAUCAACAAAACAUUUUGUGAACUUUUUCCUGAGGUCGCUGAAGUAAGUACCAUGUUGUGAUAAUAUUGUACAAUUAGCCCAAUAUUCCAGACCUGUUUACUCUUACGAUUUUGGCGUACAAUGUACGAUUUUUAGAUGUCUUUUACGAUUGUACGCCGAGACACCCCAAAACUACGAUUUUCAGAGACCCGGUGAAAAAAUAUUUGUGUAAUUUUGUCCGAUUUAAAAAAAAAAAUUAAACAUUUUCGGUUGUGGAAGCUUUAGCCCUUAUGGCCCCGCAUUGAAUGGACUCCCCAAAACUACGAUUUUCAGAGACCCGGUGAAAAAAUAUUUGUGUAAUUUUGUCCGAUUUAAAAAAAAAAAUUAAACAUUUUCGGUUGUGGAAGCUUUAGCCCUUAUGGCCCCGCAUUGAAUGGACCCAGAAAAACGAUGGGUUUUUGUAUAUUUUUUUAAUAGUUGGGACCAUCCUUCAUUAUAUUAUAUACGCACUGAAAGGGGAGGUGGCGGUUGUUGAUUAAAGAGAUUGGUGGCAUACCAGAAACACGGGUUGGGGGGAAGGGGGGUAGGAAAGGUGGGAGUUUCAAAAGAUAUAAAAAUAUCACCGCCACGCAUCCUAUUGAUGGUGGUGAUGGUCUUAGUGUUGCUUUGCGUGUCACAGUGAACCAGCUAGCUGUGUCAGCAGCAAUCUUUAGGCUAGUCGCCUGGCAACAACUUCACUCACCACCUCAUUGGACUGCUACUGCUAGCAAGCGUGUGUUCGUCUGAACCGCGGGGAUUGUGAAGAGAGAAAACUAGAGGUGUGAGAUUUAGUCAGUGACAUUAAAAAAAAUAUUUUAGAUCUCGCAAAGCAGCUCUAUCCAGAGGCGUAGCGAGCGGGGGCAGGGGGGGGACAGAAUCCCCGAGCGCCAGCUAGUUAGGGGCAUGUUUCUUUCAGAAAUUUUCCCCAGGGGGGAGCACUUCAGAUUUUCGGGGAAGGGGUACUUCAGAUUUUCGGGGAAGGGGUACUUCAGAUUUUUCGGGGGAUGGGGGGCAGAGCCAGCAGUUCCAGUUGAUUUAUUGUUGGACAUAUUUUUGCUCCUGGGGGCACUUGGCUUUCCCCGGGGGAGGUGCCCCCCCUCCGGAGAUAUAGCUGAAAGAAACCCUGUUUACGGGCGCCAAAAUGUGCUUUGAUAUUAUUUUAUUGAUGAAAAUAAUGGGUUUGAGAGUUGAAAAAAAGAAAAAGGGGCACUUUAAAAUGGAUCUUGUCCCCGGGCGCCAAACACCCUCGCUACGCCUCUGACUCUAUCCCCUCAACGAUUUUAAUACAAUAAAACAGUUUUGUAUCACUACUGCUACUACUGCGCCCCCCCCCCCCUUUUGUUUACAGCUUGUGGUAGUUAUUGGUCUCUGAUACUAUAGCAGUGGUCGGCAAGCCGCGGCUCGUCCAGUCAACUACAAAGCGGUUUUUACUCCGAAAAACAUGGUCCUUGACAGGUUCUUGAAAAUAAAUUUGGCUCGCAAAAUUUGUUUAAUGGUCCUGCUGCUGAUUUGGGCUCUUUUGACCAAUGAGUAUGCUGACCACUGCUCUUUAGUAUGUGAACGUAAAAACUCAGGGGCAUAUUGGAUAGGCGAGGGCACUAUGUUUUUCCUAUUAAUGAGGGUGGGGGAAGGUGGGUUCGUCACCAGCACGGAAAUACGUGUUAGUAGACUACAGUGUGUUGUCACUAUGUCGUGUUCAAUAUGACUACUACAGCGACCUCUUUAUGAAAACACAAAGCACUAGUAUACGGUAUACGAUAAAUGCGAAGCAUUGUGGUGAUAUUUGUAUAGCCUUAAUAAUAAUAAUAAUAGACCUAAUUAGAAUUCGUGGAUUUCACAGAUUUAUUUUCAUAUGACAGUUGGCUCUAUGACUGUCAGGAAUCAGGAUAAUUAUUGUAGAAUUUAUGCAUACAUGUAGGUGCAUUCUGGUCCCCCCCCCCACCCAAUUCAAAACUUACACGCAUCCUCAGCGAGUAAGUCAUAUUUGGAUGGCCCUUUAAGUUGGCAGGGCGUGCGGCUGGGGGGCGAGGUAUGCAUCAUUGUUCACUUUUUCAUUUUUAUUUUAAAUGUUAUAUAUGGUUUGUCCAAACAGCUCUGGCGCUAGAAUUUGGCUGCAUUGACCUAUGUGCACAUUGCGUGAUUUUAAUGUUACCAUUAUCAUUAAUGGAAUCGGCCAUCAUUCUUGUUUUCGGUUCCGUAGUUGACCUCACUUAGUAUUUUACGAUAUGACCUCGACAAAAAGAAAGGCUCGCGGAAUGGGUGAUGAAGAAGAAACUUCUCUUUCUACCGAUAAACAUCCGAUUCAACAACAGAAAAAGAAAGUUUAUCAGCAGAUAGUCUUGCUUGAAUAUCAGACAAAAUUGACUGGGUUGCGUUCUUUGUCGAAUGGUCCAUCAUGCGCGCACUGCACUUUUCAUGAACAAUCUAUCAGGGACAAAAGGAGUGGUGUUGAUUUAGGAAAUUUUGGGUUUGGCGUGGGUGUAAAUACUUAAAACUAAACAAUCGACACCGGGACAUUUCCGUAAUGGCAGGUGGGGGGGGGGGGGCUGUUCCUCGGCAGAAAGAACGUACGUUAUUUAAAAAAUCUACAAUAUUCAUCUCCUAACUCUGAAAAAUCCAAAAAUAGCAUUCUAUUUAUAUCUCGAAUGCUGUACAGUACCACCCAAUGUUUUGUAGGAAUUAUUGCGGUGAUGUUGUCAAGAUGUAUUUUCACCAAUAAACUCGCUAGCAGUAGUAGAGAAGUUACAGUUGUGUUUUAGUCAUGAGUGUUCAGCGCCCGUGUGAUGCAUAUUUCGUUGGGCUACGCCAGUGGUUCUUAUAAUUUUGUUUCUUGGCGCAUAUGUCAUAUUAGGUUUUCGGCAGGGUUUCCUGGAUGAAAUUCUUACAAGUACACUUCGAAAUAGGGAAUACACAAAUAAAAUAAAGGGUGGGAUAAAAAUAAAUCUAUCGUUUAUGGAGGUCACAAACAUGGAGGUAUCUAUAGCAGAUGCAGGUCUUCAAAAUGAAGUGACCGCAGUUUGCAGUUAACGUCAGUCGAAUACUGAUUACCUUACAGUUCCAUUUUUUGACAAACCGCUGAACUGGAUGCCACUGACACACGCUAUACCAGUAGUUACUGUAGACAUUAUAUAUUAUAUAUAAUGUAUAUUUAUUUAUUUACUAUUAAAAUACUGUAUUGUACGAUUUUGAGACGAUUUUGUACGAUUUUAGGAGUUUGAGGGUAAACAGGUCUGAUAUUCCUAAAAAUACCUUUUAUACAAGACGUUUGAUGUGGCCAAAAUCAUUAUAUUUUUUGUAUGUUCGGUUGUACUUCAUACAUUAAGGAGGUGGCGCAAAAGUUGUUUCUCACUGAUCACUUGAAUGUACAUAGUAAGUACCUAUCGGCAUUACAUCUCCUCUGUUUGGCUUUGCACAAUUGGAUUCAGUAUUAAAAAAUCUAACCUUGAUGAUAUGUUUUUCUACUACUGUCCAGUGCAGCAGAGCUUAUAAAAACGUUUGACCUGCACUUAGUUUGAGCCAUAAACCCUAAAAUGGUGUCAUUUUUCCAUUUGAAAACUAAUCCAAGAGAUGAAAUAGUGAUUGAAGAAUUUUAAAUUCAAAUAUUUGAAAAAAAAUUUCAGAAAAUUCGAGAGAACUUGAGGAAGCAAGAAGAGGAAUUGAAAAAAUCUACAGAACUGACCAAUAUGUCAAACAACGGCAACAGUCACUUUGACAACAAUGGUCAGCCAAUACCAGCAGAAAAUGUCAAUAGAGGUCCAAGGUGGUAUUUGAGGGGGACCAUGACAAACAUGCUUGUUAUUGUUGGGUUUGCAGCUUUUGCUUUUGUUGUCAAACAUGUUCUGACAAAUGUUGUGGAAACCUGAUGGUAAAAGCUCAUUCAUUUAUUUGUUGGUUGGUUGAUUUCAGUUAUUUAGUAGAAAAGAGGUUUCUGCUUGUUGAACACUGGUUAGAUGGGUGACUUUGCUUGUUGAUUCUUUUUUGUCGGUCCUAAAAUCUUGUAAAAAAAAAUCUUGUAAAUUUAAAUGAGAUGGCAUCGGAUCUUUUCACUCGAUUUUGUUCCAACUCCUGACCUUUAAAUUCUGAAAUAUUUUUACUUGAUUUAAAUUGAUCCACAUAUACUAAAUGGCUGACAUUUGAUGGCUUGUUUAGAAUAAAUUUUAUUUAAAAAUAAUGCUUCUGAGAAAGAUUUUUUUUUAAGCUAUACUAUUUUAUCUUGCAUAAUACAAAUUGCAAAGUUUUUGCACUACUGAGUUGGUCUAAGAACGUGUAACACUUCAAGUGACAGUUGCGCUUUCAUUGAUGUCCUAAUUCUCAACACACCUGUCCAGUGACUCACUUCAGUAAGAAAUACAAAUCUCUUUUCUACUAAUGUAACCAUUUAUUUUUGUAUGCCAAUGUGCUGUGAUGAUGAUAAUAAGCUAUUUCUAGAGGUAAUUUUUAUAAAAUGUAGUGUCAAACCUCAUGAUAAUCUCCUACGUUUUAAUUUAUGGAUGCAUAUAAGAAAAUAUUUUAAUUGAUUUAACCAAGUCACUUAAAAACAGUUUGAAGGCAGACCAAGGCUUAGAUGGUUGGAUGAUGUGGAGAGAGAUGAGAAUCUACAGCAGAUGAGAAUCCAAGCAAGAAAAAGAAAAGCAUCAGUUAGGCCAAAGAAAAACACAGAUGAAGUUAAUUGAAAGUGUGAUAAUAUAAAGCUAUAAUUAGUUUUUAAAGGUAAAUUCCUGUCAUGGUCAAGUUAAAUAUAGUGUAAAAGUUUACCCAAAUGUUUUGAUAUUAUUGUCUUGUCACAUUGGUUAUCUGAUGGAAGAUAUCCAUCAGACAGAUUACAAUUUUGUUGAGGAUUGUUAUCUAUCAAUAUUAAUAGAUAAUUUUUUAGUCUUGCUAAUACUGGAAUUUUUUCAAUGUUUCAAAUAGUGUUAUAAAUAUAUAAUUUUUUAGACAGGGUAGAAAAAAAACGUAAUUUUGGUACUCUAUUAUUUUAAAAAGUAGUUAAAUAUGUGUGACAAGCUAUAGAGGAAUUAUCUUCCUUUUGUGUUCUGUCAUGUACUCUUCUUUUUUUAGUGUAUUAGCUCUGAGAGAGAGAAAAUGCAUCACCUGGAUGAUUUGAAUAGAUGCUGCUAACAUGUUAAAGAAUUUUUUUUUUUAUCUUCAUUCAAAUAAAUAUUAAGAUUACAUGCAAUAUUAUUUUUAAACAUUCUUAGACACAAUAAGUGCAACUGGAAUAAGUUUCAUCUGAAUUUCUUCCUUAAGAUGUGGAGGCCAUGUUUACAAAAGCUGAUUCAGGUUAAAUUAUUUGGGUUCAGUAAAAUAAACUGAGUCUGAGGAUGAAGUUCACAGAAAAAAAACAUGUUUAUUACUGUAUGUAUAUAUAUAUUGUAUAUAAUGGUGUGGGGCAUUACAAAAAAGCCAUUGUAAAUAAAAAAUAAGGGGACUGGUACAUAUGUUGUGGCCGAACUGUGAAUGUUUGUUUGAAAGUUCCAUCAUUGCAACUUUUGGAUGCUGGUAUUUUUUCCUUUGGUACAUCAACAUGCUGCUGUUAUUUUUUAUAAAUUCAAAAGUGAAAUCUUAAUUUUUACAUAACAUUAACUAAUGCACUAUUAUCUUGACCAAGAUAAUAAAUAAAAAUAGUACUGCUAAAAAUCACAAUAGGCACAGAAAGGUAACUCUAUUGCUCAUGGCUGUACUCUGUAAAAAUAAACAGUUCAAUUGUUGACUUAUUACUAUUUUUAUUACUGUCUUAAAAAUCAUUCACGACUAUGUAUGCAUGAGAGGAUUUCUUCCAUGUUACAUUUCAUUUGUUCAAAACUUUUAACAUCUAAAUUUUAUACCCCACUAAAUAAUUUAGUUUAGAAAGUGGACUUGUGUCACUGACGCUGUGAACUGCAGGCAUAAUUAUUUAAUUACCUUUUUAAGUUUAAAAAAAAAAAAAUGAUAUUGUCAGUUUGAAUAUUACAAACAGCUAUGGUUGGUCAGUUUUUGUUGAGUUUUUAUUUGAUUUUAGUCAAUUUGUUUUGUUUUUGUAAAAUUUGAAACCCCAUUGCAUUUCACUCUAUCUCCCACUUCCUCAGGUCAGCUUCUAUUGCUAGAAGCAUAGUUUGAAAAGAAUAUAUCCUAUUUCCCAUAAAUAAUAAAAAAAAAUUUUAUGCAUGAAUGGAAAACAGAAUUUGGGGCUAUUGAUUUCAGUUUAUUUUGAUUCACCAUUAAAGUGAAUUAUUUAUUGAUACUAUCAGCCGCAAGUAAGCUAAUUUAAAUAUAACAAAUUGAGAUACAUCAAAUACUUGAAUUGUAUUGAUAUUCAUGAUUUUAUUUUUAUCUGAAAUAAUUUGACAAAAAUGUUUUUCUUUGUAAUGCAAAUGGUGCGAUCUGUUUAAAGGUGUGAAGCUAUUAAACAAUUAUCCUUUAAGAUUUAAAAAUUAGUUACCAUCUUUACAAACUGCCCCUGAAGCAUUUAAUUUUAUAAUUUUUUUCUAGACAUUUUAGGAGGAAGCAAAACUCUGCCAAUGUGUCGUCAUGCUGUUUGUGUUUAUACAAGAAUAUGUUGAAAAGCUCACUUUGUCCCCAUUUCUACAAUGUCAAUACUAAGAAUGCCUCAGAUACUUUAAUGUAACUGUUCUAUAAGGUUUUUUAAAACAGAAAAUAAAAAGUAAAUGGAUAAUUUUGAAUACUGUUGGUAGAUGUUCUUGUUUUUAAUUUUAAUUUACUUGUAGAAUAAAACAUUCCUUAUAAUUUUUAUCAACAGUAGAGAACUUUAAACAAAUCUUAAAAUCACAACUAAAUAACUUAAUUACCUUCAAUUAUGUCUGAAAAAACAAACAAAAAAACAAAACAGAAAAUAUAGGGAAAUGUCACAAUUUAUUCAACUGACAUCACAAAGGUCAAUGAUAUAAAGCUGGUGGCUUUCUAAUCAGUAACUUUGUUCAUAAAUAUCUUUGGACAUAAGAUAUGCCCAUUUAAUUUCUAAAAAACUAGAGAUGGAAAGAUCCCUUUUUUAAAAAAAAAAAAAAGAGGGAAUGCCCAAAAAUAAAUAAUGAAC